UACAGUUUAAAAUAAACUACUAAGUAAAGAUAGUCAAUGUUGUAAGUUGUAGUCUGAUAAAGGUUUUGUUUUUGUUUAUUUAUUACAGAAUGACAGCAUCUAGACAUUUGACUUCCGUGGAAGGGGAAAAUUACUUGAAGCUUUCUCUGCUUUUGAUAAAUAUAUCACGUUCGGCUAUUAGAUAUGUCUUCGAUCAGGAAUUUUGUCCAGACACAUUACAGAAAACCAUCACAAAGAACUAUUCCAAACUUAAAUAUCUGAAACAGAACAAAACAAUUACCGCAACCCAAUGGAACACGCUUUUUCUACCAAAGGGAUUAACUGUACAGUCUUCUAAUUUUGAUAUAACAUUAAUGACAUGCCUACUAAGAAAUCUUGCAGACAUCGAUGUCGUUGACCAUCAAGUUCCACAGGUUGAUUUCAGCAUAGGAACUGCAAUAUCCACAAUAAAGUUUUAGAGGAACAAGAUAGCACACAUUCUUGACUGCUCUGUAACAGAUAUAAUAUUUAACGAAGUGUUUGACGCUGUGACCAAGGCAGUUAUCAAACUGAAUCUAGCACUAAGUGGAGAAUGUGAGUCAAUAAGGCAUGGACCGUUAAAUAAAAACUUUGAGGACUUUACAACACUGCAUGAUAUGUGUCAUGAUGGAAAUUUUGAAUUGACAAAACUGCUGAUUCAACAAGGACUACCAGUAAAUAAGGAGAACUAUUUUGAUUUAACCCCGCUUCAUUUAGCCUCACACGAAGGUCAUACAAAUAUAGUUAAACUUUUACUUGACCAUGGUGCAACAGCUGCCGUCAACAAAGGAAAUAUUAAUGGAUCAAGGCCAUUGCAUUUUGCAUCUCACGAGGGUCACAAAGAGAUUGUAGACAUUUUGCUUAAACACGGAGCAGAUGUACAUCAAGGAAAUAACAAUCAAUCAAAACCUAUUCGUUUGGCAACUCAUGAAAAUCAUAUUGAUAUUGUGAAAUUUUUGAUUGAAAAUGGCGCAAACGUCAACGACGUCAAUAAGAACGGUUCCACGCCAAUGCAUUUAGUAAGUUAUAAAAAUCUUACAGAAAUGGCAGAGUUCUUGAUACAAAAUGGCGCAGACAUAAACAGACCACAAUUAGACAAACGUACUCCAUUACAUGUUGCUUGUAGAGCUGGUAACCUCGAAAUGGUUCGUCUACUGGUUAGACAUCAAGUAUUGGUGGAUCUAAAAGAUAACGAUGGCCGAACAUCUUUGUUUUAUGCCAAAGACAAUAGAAACAAAGAGAUAAUUUCAAUUUUACGGACAACAGAUUAUUCUGUAGAAAAUUAUCAAAAGGCGUUUUAUAAGUUGAUGCUUUUCUCAUGUUUAAUAAUUAUUUGUGAUGUAUUAAUAUACCGGUAUUUUUAGUUCAAUUUUGUAAUGA